ACAUAGUCAGACGAGUUGGUAUAAACAUGCAGACAAAGAAGAAAGGAACACGCAAGAAAAGAAAUGGGUAAAAGUUAAGCAAAGCAAAUCGAGAGAGAGAGAGAGAGAGAGAGAGAAUUGUGAUUUAACUGCGUAGUUUCUUUGAAAACCAAACGAAGGAAUAUGACUAGUUUAUGAUAUCAUCUCUGCUUCUGCUUGUUCAAGUUUUCAUAUUGCACACCAGGAAUCCUGUCGGUGGAAGACUUUUUCGUAUGUCAUGCAGAUGUGAAGUUCUAUGAUCAAACUCAUCUUCCUCGAGAUCUGAAGUGAAAGUGUAAACAAUGUCCCUAGUCAGGCCUGCAGAUCUAUCUGCCGCUUCGUACAGAAACCCCAAGCUUUACUCAUUGAAAGGAAGCAAUGAGAGCUCGGGCUUCUCAACCCAAACAUUUGGAUCCGACAAGCCUCGGACCGUGUCUGUAAGUGAUUCUUACAGCACCGAAAGUUAUGAGAAGUACUUCCUUGACUCCCCGAGUGAUUCAGGCAUCUCCAGAAAUUCAUGUAACCCGCAGGAUUUCUCCUCUUACAACCUCCGAGCUGCAUCAGUUACCACCUUGACCAACCAGAACCCUUGUACUACGUCUUCCAUGUCCAUGAGGCAUCGCGAUGCCUAUCAGUCCAAUUUUACAUCAGAUUACUUGGAAAGUCAAAGCCUCGAUCUAGGAGAUAUUGAUGAAAACACAAUGAGACUGAAGCUUCAAGAAUUGGAGAGGGCACUCCUUGAUGAUAAUGAUGGCGAAGAUGAUGAAGACAUGUUUGGUUCGGGCCAAAGCAUGGAAGUUGAUGGUGAAUGGAUUGACCCUGUCCAGAACGCACUACUCCAAGAUUCACCCAAAGAGUCAUCCUCAUCUGAUUCUAAUCUGAGCAGCAUCAGCAGCAAUAAAGAAAUAUCGCUGAUCUCACCUCGAACUCCCAGGAAGUUGCUUAUCGAUUGUGCUGGUGCUCUUUCAGAGGGAAACGUAGAGGAAGCCUCGAUCAUGAUGAAUGAGCUGCGUCAGAUGGUCUCAAUACAAGGAGAACCUUCCCAGAGGAUUGCAGCCUACAUGGUGGAAGGCCUUGCAGCACGGAUGGCUGCCUCGGGCAAAUUUAUUUAUAAAGCACUGAAAUGCAAAGAGCCCCCGUCUUCUGAUCGUCUAGCAGCCAUGCAAAUCCUAUUUGAGGUGUGCCCGUGUUUUAAAUUCGGGUUCAUGGCAGCAAAUGGGGCUAUCAUUGAAGCUUUCAAGAAUGAGAAGACAGUUCACAUAAUAGAUUUUGACAUAAACCAAGGGAGUCAAUACAUAACACUGAUACAAACAAUUGCCUCCAGGGCAAGUAAGCCACCCCAUUUGAGAUUAACUGGGGUUGAUGAUCCCGAGUCAGUUCAGCGUUCAGUUGGAGGCCUUAAAAUCAUUGGACAGAGGCUUGAGAAGCUGGCAGAAGCACUUGGUGUACCAUUCGAGUUUCAAGCAGUGGCCUCAAGGACUUCACUCGUCACUCCCUCAAUGUUGGACUGCAGGCCUGGGGAAGCACUUCUUGUGAAUUUUGCUUUCCAACUCCACCACAUGCCCGAUGAAAGUGUCUCGACAGUAAACCAGAGGGACCAGCUCCUUCGGAUGGUCAAGAGCAUGAAUCCAAAACUCGUGACAGUUGUGGAACAGGAUGUGAACACCAAUACUGCCCCUUUCUUCCCGAGAUUUAUAGAGGCUUACAAUUACUAUUCGGCCGUGUUUGAGUCACUGGAUGCUACUCUCCCAAGGGAUAGCCAGGACAGGACCAACGUUGAGAGGCAGUGCCUGGCACGGGACAUAGUAAACAUCAUUGCAUGUGAAGGAGAGGAGAGGAUAGAGCGCUAUGAGGUUGCCGGGAAAUGGAGAGCAAGGAUGACGAUGGCUGGUUUCACACCAUGUCCGAUGAGCACAAAUGUGGUUGAUGCAAUCAGGAAACUUAUCAAGCAAUAUUGUGACAGGUACAAGAUCAAGGAGGACAUGGGUGCACUUCAUUUUGGAUGGGAAGACAAGAACUUGAUUGUUGCUUCUGCUUGGAGGUGAAAGAAUCAUUUGACUCAACUAUAUGUUUCUUCUUCGGUUUUGUACUUUUAUUUUUGUGUGGGAUUAUAUGUAUGCCGAUAAUGUAAUCCGAACCAAAAAUAAGGACUUCUUCAGGGAACUGCUAAUCGCCUAACGUCAAUAGAUUUGGUUCAGCGCUUGUGAGAAUCUAUGCAUAAAGUUCAUCUUGUAAUCAUAUAUUAGUUUAUUCUAUAAUUCUAGUUUGCAUUUUGGUGUUA